AUGUGGUUGUGGUAUACACCAGCCCUCACGGGCACGCUGCUCAUGCUUCUACCGGCUUGGUCCCGUGCCGCUGUCCAAGUCACACAUCUCACCGUCGACGGCAGAACCGACUCACCACUAGACCUUGGUAAUUCGCGUCCUACUCUGACCUGGCAGAUCAACCAGACUCACAACUGCAAUGCGUCUAUCUGUCCCGGUGAUAGACAGACGGCGUAUGAAAUUCAAGCCGCCAAGACCAUCGCUGACCUUAGCGAGGGACGGCUAAUCUGGGAUAGUGGUAAGGUUGAUAGCAACCAGCAGCAGGUGCGCUUCGGCAGCGAGCUUAAGUCGCGAGACUCCAUAGCCUGGCAUGUGCGAGUCUGGGACGCGUAUGGAGACGCUUCGGACUGGUCCUGGCCGGCCACUUGGACUACUGGUUUACUUGAGCAGACCGACUGGGGCGAAGCACGUUGGAUUGAUUAUCCUGGGCGCACGGAAAACCAGCCUUUACCGCUCUUCGCCCGUCCAUUUGACAUCUCCCAUAAUAAGACGAUUGCUUUCGCGCGCCUCUACCUGGCUGGCAUUGGACUGCACCAUGCUACGGUGAACGGAGAAGAAAUCACCGACGAGGUCCUUGCUCCAGGAUAUUCGAACUGGCAGCUGUCAACUGAGUACCGAACGUAUGAUGUCAAGAAAUGGCUGCAGCCCGGCAUGAAUGUUAUCGGUGUCAGUCUCGGCAAUGGCCCGGCGUACGUACGUCGCAGCGUUAAGAAUCCGAGUGUCGGCCGAACCUCUCCCUACUCGUGGUGGGAGAGUCAGCUUAAGGGCAAUGGCACACUGGUAGAAGGUGCACUAGCCGGAAGCAUAAAUAUACACCUCAAUGCUACUACUGGGUAUCAUGUCGGCGGCAGCAUCAACAUUGACACCGGAGGGGGCGGCGAGAAGCUCGAAUCGCGAACCAUCACCGCGAUCGGCAACAAAACUAUCACUUUCGCGCCUGGUCUUACACUGAAUCACAAGGCUGGUGCUCAGGUCACCGGUUCGGGCAACAACAUUGCUGCCAGUGACGCAUCUGCUGGUGCCGCUGUCACCCCGCGCUUGAUUGGUCGUCUGGAAAUCACCUACAGCGAUGACAGCAAAACCACCAUUGUCACGAACCGGUACUGGCGCACCACUCUCGGGCCUCUGGUCACCGACGCAUGGUACUCCGGCUCUGAUUACAACGCAACCCGGGAACAAGUGGGCUGGGACCGCCCUGGAGCCGAUCUCAACUCACACCCCUGGAUAGCGUCUGGCUUGGCUCCUCCACCUAACCUUGCUACUCGGCUGGUUGCUCGUGCCGCUGAGCCCGUCAAGAUCCAGGAGCGGCUCAUCCCGGUAUCGGUCACUGAACCCGUUCCUGGGACUUGGGUGUUCGACUUCGGCCAAAAUAUUGCCGGUUUUCCCCUACUCAACCUCCCUGAGCUACCAGCUGGUACGACAAUCAAGGUGGCUCCCGCCGAGUCACUUGCUGCAAACGGCACCGUUGACCAGGCGUCGCUGGGUCCGGGAGACCGUGGCAGGGAUUUGUUUAUCACGUAUACCACUGCCGGCCGGUCUGGCGGCGAGACCUGGCACCCGAAGUUCAACUACUUCGGUAUGCAGUGGGUUCAAGUCACAGGUUUGCCGAGCGGCUACAAGCCUAGCCGGGACCUAAUCACAGGUCUUCGCGUCCAAGCAGAUGUCCCAUUCGCUAGUAGCUUUACCUCCUCUAGCGCUCGUCUCAACCGAAUCCAUAAGAUGGCGUGGUAUUCAAUGGCAAGCAACAUCAUAUCCGUCUUCACUGACUGUCCCGGGCGUGAGAAGCUUCCUUACCCGGCAGAUUUCACCCAGCCAUUUGGAGCCCUGGCGCGCAACUUUCAAUUCCCGGCUUUCUUGCGCACUGCCAUGCAUCACUUGGUCGAAGGCCAGUCCAUCGCAAACACGUCGAUGGCCGGGAACGUGGCCUUGAAGACACCUGUAUACGAUUGGGGGUAUCGUGGCCGUUUUGGAGAUGAGAUUAACUGGGGUAAUGCAAUUGUACUCGUCCCCUCCCUCCUGUAUGAUUUGUACGGUGACACAACGGUCAUGGCCGCCUACUAUGACCGAUUGGUCGACUUUGUUCACUACAUCCAGCGGGAGAAAGCCCGAGGACAUAUUGUCGACGCAGCCCUAGGUGACUGGGUGGAGGAUGGCCCCCAGACCUCGGGUCGUAUCACCGGCACUUGGGGCUAUUACCUUACCGUCAGAGCCAUGGCCCGUAUCGCCAACCUCACCGGGCACCACGCCGACGCUGACCGUUACAACGACCUAUCCCACAACAUCCGCAACGUUUUCCACUCCGCCUUCUGGAAUGACACCAGUCGUCGAUACACUAAUACAGGCAAUAAUGGUACCAGCAACGCCACCCAAGCUGCGCAGGCAUUGGCUCUAGACUCUGGCCUGGUGCCUGAGGAACAUCGCCAGGAGGUCCUCAAUGCCCUGGUUGAGCUUACGUAUCACUACCCCUCAAGCGACGGACAGGGCCCACAUCUAAGUGGCGGACAGAUUGGUCUGGGCCCGAUUGUACGGGCGUUGUCAGCUGGGGGUCGCGACGACAUUCUCUGGGAAGCACUCCAGCAGAACGACAGGCCCAGUUACGGCUAUUUCAUGGCUCCGACCGAGGCUAAUCCUCAUGGUUUCACCACCAUCGGCGAGGAAUGGGACCGCAGCUCAUCUAAGAAUCACAUGAUUCUUGCGCAGAUCGACGAGUGGCUCCACGCUGGAGUGGUAGGCAUUCAGCCCACUGCCCUAACUACCAUCAGCUCUACAUGGGAGGAUUGGCUGAUCUUCCAGCCUAAGCUGGUCGGGGAUCUGAGGAGCGCUAGUGGUUCUUACCAAAUGCUGCAGGGAGAGGCUCGCUGUGAGUGGCAAAGGACUGCAGAGGGUAACUUUAAUCUCACAGUAACAGUCCCAGCAAAUGUUGAGGCAGAGGUGCGUUUGCCUUCAGUCGGCAAUGUAACAGCAUCGCAGCGGGCUAGGUUUGUCCGUGUGGACAAGUCCUAUACAAUCUAUGCUGUCCCGGCGGGCACGCAUGUCUUUAACAGCGAAACACAUGGCAUGAAAGGGUAA